AUGCGUCUUCUUGAUUUACCUGAUGAAAUAUUACUUUUAAUUCUAAAAAAACUGAACAACAUCGAUAUUCUCUACUCAAUAUUCGGUUUUGGUUACCAACGACUUGAUAAUUUAUUACAAGAAAAUACUUUUACUAAUACCCUUAAUUUUGUAAUAACAACAUCAGAUGGUGAUAUUUAUUCGUUUCCAUAUUAUAUCAUUACAAGAUUCUGCAAAUAUAUAUUACCAAAAAUUGAUCAAAAUAUACAAUAUCUUAUUCUUGAUUCAUUAUCUAUGGAAAAUAUUCUUCAAGCUGGUAAUUAUCCUAAUUUAACACAACUUAAAAUUUUCAAUUUUAAUGAUAAAGUUUUCGACGAUUAUUUCACAGUUCAAUCAUCAUUUGGACAUAUUUUUCAAAAGCAAAUUACAGAUCUUAUUCUUAUAUUUGAAAAAGAUUUUAAUCAAAUAUUAUCUAAACAUUAUACAAUAGAUAUGUAUGAUUAUAUUUUAAAAUUCUUUAAAAAUCUUAAACAUUUAUCGAUUAAUGGAUUAUCUCAUGGUUUUCCACCAUUAACAUUUCGAAAUUUACCAUUUAAUGUUUUCUUUUCUUCAACUCUUUUCAAAUUAUCUAUUCAUGUUAUGACUUUUGAAGAUUGUCUUGCUUUACUUGAUGGUCGUCUUGAAAAAUUAAAUACUUUCAUUGUUGUUAUUAAUCCUUUUAUAUCUUAUUCGUCGAAUCUUUAUCAUAUGGAUAGUUUACCUAAUUUACAAUGCUUUUCAUUAACAUUUAAUUCUGAAUUUAAUGAAUAUGAUCAUUAUGUUCGAUUUCUUUUUCCUCGUAUGUUUAAUCUUAAAGAAUUAACUUUACAUAUGACUAUUUAUGAACGAAAUAAUUUAAUCGAUGGAAAUGAUAUUAAUAAUAAUAUUCUUAUUCAUAUGCCACGACUUAAUCAAUUUAAUUUUCAUAUUAGUACAACUAUGCUUAGAAAUAAUUUAAUUGAUCAUUUAUCUGAAGAUAAUACUCAACAAACAUUAUCAAAAUUAAGAUUUAAACAAUUACAAUGUAUUAUUCAUUGUCGAUGUCAUCUUAUUACAUGUCAAAUCUUUUCAUUACCAUUUAUAUUUGAUAAUUUAACAUGUAUUGGUAAUAAAUUUCCAAAUAUUAAAUUUAAUAAUGUUAAAAAUUUAUCAAUUGAAGAUGAAAUUCCAUUUAAUCAUGAAUUUUUUAUUCGACGUGCUUGGUCAUUUCCUUUACUUAAAAAAUUACGUAUUCUUAAUCUUGAACCACAAUUACCAUCAUCAUCAACAAAUGAAAUUUAUUCAUUAAUUAAAUAUUCUCAUCUUAGUUCUCUUAAUAUUCUAGAUGUUCAUGUUGAUUAUAUCGAACAAUUUCUUAAUGAUACAAAAACAUGUUUACCUUGUUUAAAUGAAUUAACAGUUGAUUAUAAUCAAUUACAAAUUGCUACAGAAAAUUUUACAAAAGAUAGAACACGAUUUAAUUGUAAAAAUGUUGAAAAACUAAAUAUUAAACAAAAAAAUAUAGAAUUAGAAGAUUUCUAUACUUAUUUUCCUUUAUUGUAA